CACACAGACACACACCGACAUGGCGACACCACCGAAGAAGACACGCGGAGCCCCGGGAAACUUUCCCCGCCGUCACAAGAAGAUCUCCAUCGAGGGAAACAUCGCUGCAGGUAAAUCCACCUUUGUGCGCCUCCUCCAGGAGACCUCCGAGGACUGGGAGGUCAUCCCUGAACCCAUCGGCAAGUGGUGCAACGUCCAGACAGACACACACAACCUUUACCAG